CUCCUUCAUUUCAUAUAACAUUCCAGCAUACCCUUCUCUCGAGAGACCAUACAAUUAAAAAAUAAAGAUAAAUAAAAAAUCUGUUCUCUCAUUGCACCUCUUGCCGCUGAUGCUAGGAUAAAGAUCCAACAAAAUUGCAAGGAUGGCUGCCAGCUAUAAAUAUUGGGAUUACUGUGUUGAUCCCCACGACCUGGAAGAAUUGUGGAGUAGUCCCUGUGUGGCUGCAGAAUGGUUAGAUGUUGGAGAGACCAAAGGCCAGAAAGUUCACCUCUCGCGCGAUCCCGAUGGAAAUGCUUAUUUGACACAGACCGAAAUGAAGGCUGUGGCUGAGAUCAUCAUCCGCCGGCAUUUUGGUUCACAAAUAGAUCCUGAUAUGAUUUGUGCUAUUGCAGACCUUCAAAGUGAUAGACAACCCCUUGCUACGCGGUAUGAUAAAAAAGCUAAGUCCACCUCUGUAGGGAUCAUGCAACUUUUUCCAAAAACAGCUGACUGGCUAGCUAGUGAUUUGGGUUACCAUUCAUAUGAUGUUCAAGGGGAUCACGAUCUUCUGUUCAAGCCUUUUGUAAAUGUAUAUUUUGGUGCUGCGUAUCUUAAAUGGUUAGCAAAAUUUGAGAACAAAGAAAGAAGUGAAGAAUUCAUAAUUAGGGCAUAUAAAGGUGGUACCAAGAAGGCAACUCACAAAUCAACUUUGCCAUAUUGGCAACGGUAUCGCUUAGUCAAAGAAAGUCUUCCAUCCAGAAAAAGUUUUGAAGGUCAUCCAUCUCCAAUUCAUGGCUCCGCUUCUAAAACCCAUCAUGCUGCGCCGUCUGCACCCUCACACGAUGCAGGUCAUCAUGUUUAUUGGGAUGUCAGAGCGUCCCCAGAAGACAUGGAGGAAAUGUGGAAUCGUCAUGACGUCUCUAAAGAGUGGACCAAGACUGGAGAGAAAAAGGGAAAAGUACGAUUUUCCAUUGACGAAAAGAAAAGACCAUAUCUUUCUCAUGUAGAACUGAAGGCAGUUGCAGAUAUCAUACUCACAAAACACUUCAGUACAAAGCCAAUUAAACCUUCAGUUCUUUGUGCUCUUGCAGAGGUUAUUAGCUUGCGUUUCCUGAAUGGUGUCGGACCACGUGCUGGAAUUAUGGGAAUCGACUAUUCUACAGCUUCAUGGCUCUACAACGAGAUGGGCUUUAGAGCAUAUAAUCCUAAUCAAGGUGAUGAUCUUAGCAAGCCAUUUUUCUCGAUGUACUUUGGUGCAGCCUAUUUAGUAUGGUUAGCGGAAUAUGAAGGGAGCUCAAGAACUCCGGAGUUCGUUGUUCAGGCUUAUAUCUUGGGGCCAAAGAAUGUGAAUCCUCAGGAUUCAGGUCCGCAGUGGCUCAAGUUUGAGCAAGCCUUGAGCCACUAUGAGGACGUGAAAAAGUUUCGAGAGGAGUACGGGAGCUGCACUAUCAUGACGAAAACCACGUACGUUGCCACCUUCGAUUAUAAAGGGUUCCGUCCUCCGGAUUGAGCAGAAGCAUGCGUGAAAAACUCGAAUGGAUUGAGCAAAUGCUCCAAGGAUUUAGAGUUGGUUUUCUCUUGUUGAAUUGCUUUUGUGAUAUUUUUGGAGAGCUACUUUUUGUUUUUGGCAAAACCUAUGUCCGAGUACCUAAUAUUAACACUUUGAUGCGUCUGUUUUCUCAAAAAGAGGAUAGUUCUGCUGCAUUUGCAAUAGGAUGAGUCACACAUUUGGCUCUAAAAAUAAUACCUCUAAUUAAA